UUAUCUUCCUCUUUCCUUUUACAGUGUUUUAGAAAACAGUCAGCAGAAGAGGUCCGUAAGUAAUCAGAAUGACAGUGUAAGAAAGCUCGAACAGACGAUGGAGACAACUUCAUCUGAGUUCCUGAACUCUUCUUCAUACAAGGAAGUCUUUUGGAGUUACCAAACUGAGCUAACCAGAAACUUCUCUUCGGAAGCCCCAAAUGAUACUGUCUGUCUCAUAAAUGAAGGCUCCUUGUCUCUUGUUUUCAUCAUUUUUUACUCCAUUAUUUUUGUCAUUGGAUUGGUUGGCAAUAUUAUAGCCUUGUUUGCUUUUUUCUACAUUAAUCACAAAAGAAAUUCUAUCCAGAUUUACCUGCUUAACGUAGCCAUUGCAGACCUUCUACUGAUCUUCUGCCUCCCCUUCCGUAUACUAUAUCAUAUUAACAAAAACACAUGGAUGUUGGGAUUGAUUUUCUGCAAGAUUGUAGGAACCCUAUUUUAUAUGAACAUGUACAUUAGCAUCAUACUGCUGGGAUUAAUUAGCGUGGAUCGUUAUGUAAAAAUUAACAAGUCUAUACGACGUCCAAAAAUGUUAACAGCUACAGGAAGCAGAAAUAUCUGUUGCAUAUUGUGGACAAUUGCAGUAAUAGCAUUCAUAAUGACAGUUGCUCAGUCUGUUAAGAGGGAAGAAUACAAUUCGACUAUGUGCUUCCAUUACAGAGAUAAACAGAAUGCAAAAAUGGAGGCAAGUUUAAACUAUAUUCUUGCUAUAAUCUUUUGGAUAGUUUUCUUUCUCCUAAUACUUUCAUAUAUUAAAAUUGCGGAGAACCUUCUGAAAAUUUCCAAGAAAAGAGCAGAUUUCCCCAAUGCUGGAAAGUACAGCACCACGGCAAGAAAUUCCUUCAUUGUACUUAUUAUUUUCACCCUGUGUUUUGUACCAUUUCACACAUUCCGAUUUGUCUACAUUACAUCACAAUUACAACACACAUCUUGUAACUGGAAGGAGAUAAUUCACAAAUGCAAUGAGAUAAUGCUUUUAUUUUCAGCUUUCAACAGCUGUUUAGAUCCAGUUAUGUAUUUCCUAAUGUCCAGCAGUGUUCGUAAGACUGUAUUCCGACUUAUUUGUAGAACACUUCAUGGGGACUCAAGUGUGAGUGAUAGUAUUUCAGAAAUGAAACCUGGGCAAUCUCGUCAUGAUACUGCAACUACCAUUACCCCCCAUUCAAGCUUUUUAAAGAAAAAUUCCCUCAUCUGAUUGCUUAAAUAUAAUGGACAAUUGCUUCCUGAAAAGACAAGCAGAUAAUCUACUAGAUAAUCGACACUGGAUGUACAUGUGUAUAGGAAUGUACAACAAAACAGAGCUGAUAAUACUGCCUCAAGAAAAGCCUUUCCCCCCUCCUUUCCUUCCUUUUUUACAAAUAUGGGAGUUCAUACUUCAACUGCUUAAACAAAUUAAAAAUGAUUUUUGGUGAGAAAGAGCUUAACAUUUUUAUUAUUACAAAUCAAUAUGAAGUUUGAAACCUUCAUGUAAAGAUUCAUUUAAGACAGGAUUCAUCUAGAGCACUUUCUUUCAGGGGCAAAUUUUCAAAAUGUGACCUCGAUGUGCGCGCAAGAAGCGUUACACACAUAAACACUUGGUACACAUUUAUUAGCACUACUAGCUAUGCACAUAUGAUGGGAUGAAUUUUUCACAAGUAAAUCUUUAUCUGUAUCUAAUUCAAACCAACUAUGAAACUGAUGUAUUACAGAUUUUAUAAAUCCGUCUUUGAAAAAAAUAUAUUUUAGAAGGCUUCAAAAAUAAAUCAGCAUCUUAACUGCAUUUAUUAAACUAACUUUUUCAGCAAAAUGUAUCAUAGGAGGAUUUGAAAUGAGCAGUGUUUUGUCAGUUCUGGUCUCUGUUCAAUCCCAAUCACCUAUGUUUUGAGGUUAAUAUCUAUCUCCUUGUAUAUUUCCAAAAACAUUUAUUUCAAAUAUAAUACACCUAUGGCAGAGACCAUGUCUUUUUACAUGACUAAAGUAUCACACUCACCAAUGAUGUUAUGCAAAUAAUAAAAUAUUAAAUGUGGACUGUAUAGCCCAAUUCAAGAUUAAAACCAAGCAGAUUUAUGCAGUUAAUGUGUGUAGGCUGAGUAAAAUUUUUAACAAAGUUAAACUAGCCUUGAUG